AUGGCCGACACAACAGAAAAAUACGACCUCGCCAACACAACCACAAACGGCUCCUCCCCACUCCAACAAACACAAACCAAACCUGCCUCCGCGCCCUACGAAAACGGCCACUACGGACCUCUCGCGCACGUCAACACAGCCGAGUACCGUCUCCCAGCCUUCGGAGGCGAGUUCCAGCCGGGUCUGUACCGGUCGCCGAAGAACCGCAAGAUCGGCAACCCCGCGCCGCUGGGUCUCUGCGCUUUCGCCCUGACGACUUUCAUCCUGGGUUGUAUACAGAUGCAAGUGCGCGGCAUUACCCAGCCGAAUAUUAUUGUUGGGUCGGCGUUUGGGUAUGGUGGGUUGGUGCAGUUGUUGGCUGGGAUGUGGGAAAUGGCCGUGGGAAACACCUUCGGCGCAACGGUUCUGUCCUCCUACGGUGGAUUCUGGAUCUCCGUCGGCAUCACCUUCACACCGGGUGGCUUUGAGGUCAUGUCAUCGUUAGAGAAAGUCGACGGCGGCCAGACAAACAUGUUCUACGACAGUUUCGGCCUGACCAUUAUGGGCUGGUUCAUCUUCACAACGAUCAUGCUCUUCUGCACCUUCAAAUCAACCGUCGCCUUCUUCACCCUCUUCCUCGUCGUCGACAUCGCCCUCCUGCUGCUGGGUCUGGCCUACCUGCUGCGCACGCCGACGGGCAUGCCGAACCCGAACCUGUCCCAAGCGGGCGGCUUCUUCGCGAUCCUGGGCGCUUUCCUCGCGUGGUACAACGCCUUUGCGGGUAUCGCAGACGACAGCAACAGCUUCAUCCUGCCGCCUGUGGUGCACUUCCCGUGGUCGGAGAAGGGCCGCGAGGCGCGCUUGGAGAAGCAGAAGAGUGCUGUCAGUACGGGGGCUGUAUGA